CCUUCCCUCUCUCACUCCACAUCUGGAGGGGGUUCUAGCGCAGAUCUGUGACUCCUCGCCUGCUAUGGGACAGCCUCAGCUUGGACCAGAUACCACGCUUUGGUUCUUUUCGGCAAAUGUUUUUCAGAGGGGUAAAGUAGCGUAGUAACUCUGCUGCAUGAUUUACGGUUGGCUGUUAUGUUGGACAGAGUUCACACUGAGUUUCCAGAGUCAAGAAACGGCAUGAAAACAGACGAAAGCCAUAAAGGACAGAUCAACAGUAGACAUGGACUUUCCAAAGCAUUCCAUCCUGCAGGCCUUCAGUGUGAUGCUCUUGGCGUGGAUGCUGGUACGUUGCCAGACCCCAGUGGAACCUGAGGAAGAAGAAGAGGAAGAGGCGGUAAAGGAAGCUGACAAUGCAACACUGGUAACAACUGAAUGCCCUUCAGAAUGCAGCUGCACAACAGACGGAACAGUGGACUGUGCAGGAGUUGACCUGACGGAGUUCCCCGAAGAGCUGCCUAAUAAGAUCCGUCGACUUUCUCUACAGAACAACAAAAUCAAGGAAAUAACAGUGGAGCACAUUUCCCAUCUACAUCAGCUCGAGACUCUCAACCUCCAAAACAACUGGCUCACCACAGAAGGCCUUGAAGAUGAAGGCUUUGAAAUGCUUGAAGAGCUGGCUUAUUUGUACCUGGCUAACAACAAGCUCUCCUCUGCACCAAGAGUCCUGCCGCCAUCUUUGGUCAGCGCUGAUUUUGCUGCUAAUCAGCUCUCCAGGAUCUACCCAUACACAUUUGGUCAUAAACCAAAACUAAGGUCUGUGUAUCUCCAUAACAACAAGCUGACAGAUGAAGGACUUCCCGAUAACAUGUUCAAUGCUUCUGACACGCUGGAGAUCCUGACCAUGUCCAGCAACUUCCUGAGGGUGGUUCCCAGCAAUCUGCCGUCCAGUCUUCUCCGACUUCAUCUGAAGAGUAACAGGUUGGAGAAAAUCCCAACAGGGGCCUUUGAGGAUUUGCACAACCUUCGAGAACUUUAUCUCCAGAACAACCUCCUCACCAAUGAUGGGAUGGACAAUGAGACUUUCAGCCAGCUGAGUAGCCUCGAGUAUCUUGACUUGUCAAAUAACAACCUGAGCGUUGUUCCUAAGGGUUUGCCUCGCAACCUGGUGCUGCUGCACCUGGAGAAGAACGCCAUCCGCAGCAUUCCUGGAGACGCUCUCAUCUCUGUGCGGAACAUUGAAUACCUGCUACUUCACAAUAACAAGCUGCGCUCCCGCUCUAUACACCCAAUGGCCUUCCAGGGCUUGAAGAAGCUGCACACUCUUCAUUUGUAUAAUAACUUGCUGGAACGAGUUCCCAGAGGCUUACCUCGGCGAGCCAAGACUCUCAUGCUGCUCCACAACUUUGUUUCUGAAAUUAGCCGCAAUGACCUGUCCUUGCUGUAUACCCUGACUGAGCUCAAUCUCAGCUACAACAAACUGACCACCACCAAGAUUCACCGUGACGCUUUCAGAAAGUUACGCAUACUGGAAACUCUGGACCUGUCUGGAAAUGCCCUUCAUGCCAUUCCCCUGGGCCUUCCGCACAGUCUGAAGGUUCUGGAGAUCAAGAACAACCAGCUCAGUGCUAUACCAUAUGGAGCCCUGGCAGGAAUGCAGAAGCUACAGAAGUUGAUCCUGAGUGACAACAAACUAAAACUCAACUCAGCCUACCAAGGAGCUUGGAUGGAACUCAGUGCACUCACAACACUAGACCUUUCUGGUAACCAGCUAACACACAUCCCAUCAGACCUUCCUGAGUCUCUGGAGUAUCUUUACCUGCAAAGCAACCGGAUCUCCAGUGUUCCUGCUUCAGCGUUUGAAGGCACUCCAAACAUUAAAGGCAUCUUCCUUCGGUUUAACCGGCUGUCGGUGGACUCUGUAGACGAGAGCUCCUUCGCCCACCUCGUCAACUUGCAGGUGUUGGACUUUGGGACGGGAAACACAGAGCUGUCCUCAAAAACAGAUGAGAAAGAAGUUGGAGAGGUGAUGGAGCAGGAAGCAUAGAGCACUGGGCUGCAUGUUUCAGAAAACAGAACAGGCUUUUAAAUGGGACGGAACCUGUGUUUGUUUUUUCUUUUCUUUUCUUUUUUUAUAUCUCCAUUUUUAAAUCAUGCUGAGAUGCAGAGCCACAUAUUUCUGCUGCAGGAUACAGAAUGAAAGUUCAUUUUGUUCAAACCGAACUUUAAAAUUUGCCUUUGAUUGUUCAUAUGCAAUCUUUAUCUUUAAAAAAACUAAAAAAAAAAGAAAAGAAAGAAGGAAUAUCUCAUCUCUGAACACCGACCUGGGAAGAAACAUGAAAAAGGACAAAGUCACUUCCUGUUUUCCUCUUCAUUUUUAUGUCAUUUUGAAAAUGGCUGCCCUGUCAGCAAUAUUACCAAUGCAAUCUACUUGGAUUUGUUAAAGCAAAUAUAGCAACCAAGCACUAAUUUUGUUAUUAAAACCACAAAAACAGUUGAAUAAAAUAUAGAAAUCAGGGACAUAAUUCCAUGUUAUUGUUCCUGGAUAUUUAUAGGCCAUGUAACAUUCAGCAAUGUAACAAAAUCUAAAGGUUGUAAAUUAUUUUAAGCCAGAAAAACAAAACAAAAAAAAACUACAGAGUGAUAUUUUUGUGGUUGAGCAGCAGCCUUUCAUUGUACUGCUGACCUGAAAUGGACUUAUAGACUUGAUCUUUUAAAGACUGGUGGACUUUCUCCCUGUCAAAAGUUGUGUGAUCAUAAAGUUUAACAAAUGUUCUCAGUAUGUCCACGGGUUCAAUUUUCCUAUUUGUAAGCCAGAACAUUUGAUUUGCAGUUACAUCAGGGAUGUAAGGGAACAUUUACACUCUGCUUUAAAGUCCUGGUUUGAUAUGGCUUUGGUAAGAGAGAAAAAAAUGACACCAAAUGCUAAAUUAAACUACAUGUAGGCCUAAAGUAACCUUCAAAAACAGGCAUGAGGAAUCCCUCCUGCACAUCUAAGGAAAAUGGUUUUGCUCAACAAGUAAAGAUGAUUUAUUUUUUAAUGAUUUCUCUUUAACAUUCUAAGCAUUUAAGCAAUUUUUAUCCAAAUUAAUCUCAACAGUGCCCUACAGAAGUACCCAGAGAGAACCCACCACGCACAGGGAGAACAUACAAACUCUGUGCAGAAAAACUCCACGCAGAGAAUCGAACCCGGGAUCUUGUUGCUGCAAGGCAACAGCUCUACCAACUGCACCACUGUGCAGCCAAAACUGUGUAAUCCCGACCUAUUAAAGUUAGUCGCAGCUACAAUUAAAAUGAUAAAUGAUCAGACUUAUGCCUCAUACAUAACCUGGAAAUCAUUUCGAUUUCAGCACUGAUCUGAAGCCAGAACCUCUUUAAUGUUACACUAAAUACAGCCAAUGACUUACUUCUGUGUAGAAAUAAAUAAUGAGCUAUGCCUGUUCUUAUUAUUCUCUGUAUUAUGCUGUAUUUUUGGAUGAAAUACUUCAAUCAAAAGAAAAAAAAACCCUUAUCAAUAUAGCUGAGGAAAGAAGUUACUGCUGCUCCUCCUUUAUGCUCAGCCAAUUUUCCACCAAGAUAUCAAAUAUUUCCUAUCAAAUUAAAAUGCUUAACUAACAUAACCUUCAUCAUGUUGCUAUGAAAACAGCCACUUGCACAUAUUGUAGCCUUGUAUUGUCACAAAGAGUAUUACAGUCAUUCAAAAACGCAAUAAAUCAUUGAAAAUGAUGAAAACAAAA